AAUACUAACAAAGACUAAGUGCAUGGCUUGUAAACAACAUAUAAAACUAAAGAAAGAUAAAAAAUUAAUAAAUAAUAAUAAUUCAUUUUUUUAAAAAAACUUCGGACUUUGACUCAGGAAGGCGUCCAUAGUUGCCAUCUAGACACGUUAGCUGUGUAUCCGACAAAAGAGGCCUCCGGAGGGCGUUGUCUUCGAAAUGAGAAAGUUGUUAAGCUACUCAUUUCCACAAGUAAAAAGUUUCGAGUCCUGUCCCGAAAUAGAGUGGGAUUCCCCUAGAGCUACAUCCAGUUGAAAACAUUAACUGAGAAAACUAAACAACAACAAUAAUAUAGAUAUAUUUUACUAAUAUGGCUUGCGAAGUCUCGCAGGAUGAUCAGAUUGGAGAAGCACUCCUCAUCAGGGUGGUAAGACAUGAGGUGAUGAGCGUGGCAGCCGAAGGAAAUGCAGCCCCACCAGCCCUUCCAGAAGAUCAACCAAUAAGCAACAGCCAGGACCAGAUGCUUGUUCAACAGUUGGCGGAGACCAUUAAAGUGAUUGGUGAUAGGCUCGAUCAGGAUAAAACAUUUAAUGACAUGAUUGAUGGCUUAGUAAAAGUGGCUGAUAAAAGCAGUUUCUGGAAACUUGUGGAAAAGGUUUUCACAGAUGGCCAGAUCAACUGGGGGAGAAUUAUAGUGCUGUUCUAUUCAGUUGGAAAGCUGUCUGCAAAGAUGGUCCUCGCACGCUUACCCAGAAUUGUCUCAGAUAUUCUGACCUUAUGUCUGGAUUACUUUAGGAGAAAUCUGUUGGAAUGGAUUCGCAAAGUGGGAGGAUGGAUGCACAGUAUCCCUGCACUGGCCUGUUUCUCCUUUGAGCAAUUUUCUGGUUCUUCACUAAGAAAAUAUUUUCCCUAUUUUGGAGCCAUGUUUUCCUUCACCUGUGGCUUAUUGUUAGGUGGCUUCAUCAUCACGAGACUUCAAAAAAGCUAAGAGAGAGAAUGGAGAUACAUCAACAGAAGUAUCAAGUCCAAAAACUUGAAACCAUGCAGAAAUGACAUAAGCUGAUCUGCAUCAUGACUUUGUAAUUUGCCCCUUUUUUAUUGUAUUCUGCCUUUAUUUUAUAUGUAUUUAUACUGUUUUGUAAGAAAACAUUUAAUAUGGUAAUGUUAUGAUAAUGAGUUAAAGAAAGGUACUUGUUCAGGAUCGGGACAGAUUGUACAGGGAUAACAACUGAGCCGAAGCUUUUUAUUAAUAAUUGUCAUAUGACAUACAAUAGUGGUUUUCUAUUAUGUGUUUUGUCCACUCCUUUGUACAAUGUAAGUAUUGUGCAUUAUGUGUUUAAAGUUCUUAGUUUCUGAAAAUGUAUUUUCAUUUUUAAUAUAAAUAUUUUUAGGUAUUCUACCGUUUUUAUGCUGUUGAUUUAUGAUUCUGCGAGAAAAUACACACACACACGUAGGGUGAAGUCAGCUAAAAUGGGCCACGUUUUGGUAAAUAACUUAUAAUAACAUCAAAUAAGCUAUGCAUGAGAUCUAAUUAUAUUUUUACAAAUUAGCAUGGGUCUCUUAAAUAUAUACAUUUUUUAAAAAUGUGAAAAAGCAUAAUUGUUUUAAAAUUAUGAGAGUUAGAGUAUCAGCAGGUCCCUUCUUGAGCUACGGCACAACAUUCAGGUAAAAUGUGCCAAUAUAGAACAACAAAGGUAAUUUCGGCCGAAAUCAUUUUAUUUUUAACAGUAAAUUGACACUAAUGUCUUUAGUGUGCCAUAGCAACACCACCAUAAAUUUAUUUAAAUAGAAAGUUGAAUGAAUAUUUAAUUAAAAAAUGCAAUUAAAAAUGAAUUGAUCAUGUUGUA